AUGCGAAGCUGCGAGCUCCCGCUUGUCCUGCUGGCGCUGGUGCUCUGCCAGGCGCCCCCAGGGGCAGCGGCCCCGGUGUCAGCUGGUGGAGGCACUGUGCUGGCCAAGAUGUACCCGCGCGGCAAUCACUGGGCGGUGGGACACUUAAUGGGGAAAAAGAGCACAGGAGAGUUGCCACACACCACUGAAGGAGACCACCUGAAGCAGCAGCUGAGGCAAUCCAUUCAGUGGGAAGAAGCUGCAAGGAAUCUGCUGGGCCUCAUAGAAGCAAAAGGAAAUAAGAACCACGAGCCACUGGGCAAUCUCCAGCCUAUGUGGGAUUCCAAGGAGAGCAACAAUUUUGAAGACACAGGUUCAAAACACAAAGCUGGUAGAAAUGCUGCACCAGGUUCUCACAGGAGUGGCAGGAAGACGCCCCUAGCUGAACGGACAAUGGAAGCCUCCUUCAAGGGAGCAAAACCACACCCUUAA